AUGAACAACAACACGGCCAUGAAUAACGUUCAAGACCAAGCACAAAAAUGCGCAAACGGGUGUGGAUUCUACGGAAACCCGGCAACCCGAAACAUGUGUUCAAUGUGUUACCGCGAUUUCCUCAAGAAAUCCGCUAUAGAAGCCGAAAUCAAACCAUCGUCUUCCCAUAUAGAUGUCAACAACAAGCCAACAACAGCUGGUUCUUCUCAUGAUGACAUUGCUGCAAGUAGUAAUAAUACUUGUACUACGACUAGUGUUAAGAAGACUGUCAAUCGGUGCGGUGCUUGUAAGAAACGGGUCGGAUUAACCGGAUUUGAGUGCCGGUGUGGCGGGGUCUAUUGUGGGUCCCACCGCCACCCGGAGGAGCACUCUUGUAGCAUUGAUCAUAAGGAAAUUGGACGUGAAGCUCUCUCCAAGACGUUGUAUGCUGAAGCUGCUGAUUGCAAGACUUCUAAACUUGAUUACAUGCUUUGA